UGACACCAAUUUAAUAUGGCGGUGCUAGGCAAACCGCUAACUUCCAAAAUAACAUGCACCUGUUACGAAUUGGGACAUACAUGGACACCGUCAUGCAAGAAGGCAUCACUUGAUGUUAUGUUUGAAGUAUUUAAGCAAGCAGUUAAGGUCUAUGGAUCACUGUACGCUAUUGCUGGUGUAAUCCAGAGGAAAAAUAAGGAUUAUUUUCUGAAGUCAUUCCCAGCACAGUUAGCAAGAUCUACAAUUUUCUUGACAACAAAUGGAACCUUGUUUAUAACAUUUUUCUGUUUAUGGAGGAAACUGAUUGGUCAUUUUUAUUACCUCAGUAUCUCAUUUGUCCCUGCAUUGACAGCCUCUUAUGUUGCAAUACUUCUCGAGAGGAAGUCCAGGAGAGGUCUGUUAGCUUUAUACAUGGCAAAUAUCGCUACAGAAACACUGUACAGAAUGGUUGUAGCCCGAGGAUGGUUUAAACCUGUCCCACAUGGUGAGGUGAUUCUGUUUAGCAUAGCAUCAGCUGGGUACCUGUAUCUAUUCAGGAAAAACAGUCUUCCUAAAUCAAUCCUGUCAACAUUCAGUAAGCUUAUAGGAAUAGAGGAGUUACCAUCCACAGCAUUAUCAGAGGAAACAGAAAAACAGGAACCAGUUCCUGUCAGACAUAAUGGUUUCCAGCAUCAAAUUAAACAGAACAAAUCAAUACAGACUGUAGUCAGAUGGUUGAAAGAUCAACGUAAACAUAGACUGUGUCAACAUAAAAAUAGCUGUAUUUAUUAUACACUAAAGGGUUUACUACGAAAUUUUUGUAUAGGGUAUGGAAUUCAGGGUGUUGUGAAAGUCCUCGGGUCGCUGACUAAAAUCGUUAGGAGACCAAGUGCCUUACUACAAGCUAUUAAACAUAAAGAUAACUUUAACCUUGGUGCUUUUCUUGGUUGUUUUGUAGCAAUAUUUAGGGCUGUUAAUUGUUUACUGCGAUGGCUACGAGACAAAGAUGACAGUUUGCAUGGAAUGGUGGCAGGAUUUCUAGCAGGCUGGUCUAUGUUAUGGUACAAAAGUCAAACAAUAGCUUUAUAUGCAGCAUUUAAAUUAGCAGAGAUUUUAUAUUUUAAAGGAAUAUCAAAGGGAUUAGUGCCAUAUAUAAAGUGUGCUGAUAUAAUAAUAUAUUCUGUUUCUACAGCGUUAGUCUUUCAUGCAGCUGUAGUGGAACCUCACAAUCUUAGGCCAGCUUACUGGAGAUUCUUGUUAAAUGUUACUGGUAACAAAUUUGCCAUGAUGAACAGACAGAUAUUGGUCCCAUACUUACCAAAUGCAGCAAAUAUACAGCCAGACUAUUGGCCGGACUACGACCUACUUCAUACAAACCUCGUCAAACCACCGAAUGCAUCCAGUGUCAUAAAAUCAGUUAUUAGCUGAUAAUUGUAAAGAUUAGGAACAAAUAUUUGAAUUAACUAUACAUGUUUAAAUUAACUGUCAAAGGAGAAUAAGUUUAUAAAAAUACAUUUUGUAGUUGAAACAUAGUUGUAAAGUUGGAAGUUCAAUAAUGGCAUUUUUUUAGCGUAAUUUGCGUUCAAAUUUAAACUUUCAGUUUUAAAAUUUUCGUUUUUGUCUGAAUUUAAAUUUAGAAGUUACUUUCGUGUAGUAUUUGUAGUUUAAGUGUCAAUCUCAUGCAAGAACCAAUUUACCAUAGCACCAUAGCACCUAUGCAAAUAUACAUAUUGUUCUCGAUGUUCCCUAGUCACAAAUGUAGUCCAAAAAUAAGAAAUUCAAAAUGCUCUACUUUUCUGCCUUAACAUUUAGUAAAUAUUCAUAAUAUAAAGACAUUGAAGUUAACAACUUACCAACAACUAUUUAGCAUUUAAAGGGGAAAUACACAUGAUUUUGCAAAAACUUCAACUUUGAGUCCGAAUAAGGUUCUUAGCACACCAACUUCUCUACAAAGUGUUUUUCUAUAGAUUAGGGGCAAAGUUUUUGGAGUACUACUUAGAUAGAUUUUUUUACAGUCUGAGCUUUGCACUUUGUUCUAUGCCUCAAACCUAAAGCUGUGUUCAAACUUUUCUGCUAGGCCAGUUAAAAAAUCAGGCCAGAAUUUUAAACUCCUUAAAGGCGUAGGUUCUUUAGUAAAAUAGCUUAGUCUGGCAACAUAAUUUGAGGUGUUUUCUGACCAUAGCAAUCAUUUGCGUGAAAAUUUUUAGUUAUAGAUGUCAUUUUCAUACAUUGGAUUACA